AUGGCUUCGCGCACACAAACCCCACGAAACGCACCUCGAGCCCCUGCAGCAGCACGACGUGGACGAGGCGGCCGUGGAGGCGGCGGCGGCCUUCGAUCCGACAGAGAUGGCGAUCUCACCAUGGACAUUGCCGUCAAAGGAAGAGGGAGGAUAGGCAAACCUACCCCGCCUCCAUCCGCCAGCAGAGAUCUCACGUCACGAAUAUCACGCGGUGGAGCAAGAGGAGGAAGCAUAUUGAGCGGGAGAGCACGAGGGGCAAUCCUUCGGCAGGCUGCUGCGUCGGACAUAUCCAUGAAGGAAGCGCGAGCACCAGCACGGCAAGGAGGAUUGACGGAGCUCAAGGUGACAGGGUGGGAAAAGAGCAAAGCGUCGUCGGACGCCGACGGCGGAGUCAGCUCACUCAUCAAGUGGAUGGAGAAGAAAGCGAGCCACAAACUCGGAUCAAGAGCGAAACAAGUCAAAAUCAAGAAGUCUCAUGUGGAAGGAUCAGAGUUGGUCAUCAGCGUGCCGGCGGAGGAUGUAGGCGCACUGGUUCGGAUCAGCGGUUAUGUGUGGGCAGGGGCGACGGUGAAGAUUGAGCGCGUAGGAGCUGGUACGGAAGAGCCUGGAAUAUCGACGGCAGACCUCAAAGCCACGCUAAAGGGCGUACUGGAACGGCGGUAUAACGCGGACACGAAACUCCUGGACCUGAGUGCUCUCGGUCAGGAUGCCGACUUGCAAAAGCAGUCUAUCUUCGAGAAGAAGUCGACCACUCAGAAGUUUUUCCCGGCUUUGAUGAAAGUUCUCGAGGGAGCGUUCGACACUCCAGCCGAAAAGGACGCAGCUAUCAGCAGUGUAUCGCUCGCGAACAACGAGCUGGUCGACCUGACGCACGUCACGACUCUGUCGCUCACCUUGCCCAAGCUGCACAACCUGGACUUGUCAAAUAACAGCCUUCGGAAACUCUCAUCCCUCGACAACUGGCGCCGCCGCUUCUUCCAACUCGAACAUUUGGUGCUGUCCGGCAAUCCCAUCGAACAGAACGAUCCCGAAUACCCUGCGGAGAUCAUGAAAUGGUAUCCCAAGUUGCGACUGCUCAACAACAUCCAAGUGCGUACGGAAGAAGAGGUGAACAGCAAAGCAACAGUCACUGAUCUUCCAUUCCCCGUGAGGACGCCACUAUUCCAAGACCAGGAUGGAAUCGCGGAAAACUUUGUGCGAACCUUCUUCGCGGGCUUCGAUAGCGAUCGCCCAGCUCUGUCAGGACAUUACUACGACGACCAAUCCGACUUCUCGUACGCGGUGAACACUCAAGCUCCGCGCGAUCCCGCAGCGACCGGGCACACCGAAAAGCAGGAAUGGGACCAGUACAUCAAGAACAGUCGCAAUCUUAAGAAGAUUGACCACCUCCCUGCUCGCACAAGUCGGCUCUUCCGCGGCACCCAGGCCAUCUCAGACUCCUUCGCCUCCCUACCGCGGACAAGACACCCUGACCUGGCGACGGAGGCGCGGAAGUGGAUGAUCGAGGCUCACAUCCAGCCCGGUGUGCCCGAUCCAUCCGGCAACAGUCCGAUGGGCGUGGAUGGGUUCAUGAUUGUGGUUCAUGGCGAGUAUGACGAACUCGACUCCAGCGGCACGCAGGUCACCAAGAAGAGAAGCUUCGACCGGACGUUCAUCAUUGGUCCUGGUACGGGGCCUUCGGGAGUUCGCGUCGUGAACGACAUGCUCACCGUUCGCGCUUACGGCGGCGCGCAAGCCUUUGAGCCUGAGUCGGUCGGGGAGGAUGCGCAACAACAGAACGUCGCUCCCGCGGACGCGGUACCGCAACUUCCAGCAGGCCUCACGGUCGAAGUGGCGGAGCAAAUGGUGGCGGAGUUGCAGAAGCAGACGGGGAUGAACGUGCAGUUCUCGAAGGAUUGUCUAGAGGCGGCGGGAUGGGAUUUCGCGAAGGGAAUGGAGACUUUUGCGAGCGUCAAGGGAAAUCUGGGACCGGAGGCUUUCGCUUGA